UUUGAAAAAAAAAAAAAAAAAAAAAAACAAAAAGUUCCCACAUUCAUUGAGAAAAUGUCCUCGGAAGAGAAGAAGAAAAGGCUCGAUGAACGGAAUUCAUAUUACAUUCAGGUCAAGGCCAUUGAUCCGGAUCGCAAUAUUAAAAAAUUGCGAAAAAUAUUCGGAGUCUCUCACACCAUCCAGAAGCAGACCAUGCGACGGCUUAGUGUUACGGAUCAGGAAAAAGAGGAAUUAGAACGGAAACGUCUACAGCAUCUCAAGGAAUUGAGGCAACAGAGAAUCUCUUCGCUGGGGGCGAAUCAUAGAUAUAUUUUGGAAAUUGUUGCCGAUCUAAUGGGUGGUUUGGAAACGGAUGACAUAAUUGCAGGUGUGGUUGAUGAUCCGGCUUUUGUGGAUCUUCUCUCCUCGCUGUUUGAAAAGAACGGAAUGCGUGCCUGCAUGAUAAGCUAUGCCGCCAUGAUUGGGUAUCCACCCGAUUCGGGACGUUAUACGGAGAGUACAAAACGCCAAAAUGUUAAUCGUGCCAUUGUCCAACGAAGUGAUGCCGUUCAUUUAUUCGGCAAAUGGGUUAUAUUGUAUCGCAACAAUAACAAAAAAGCCAUCGACAAUCGCACCAUAUCGGAGGAUAUAUCAUUCAUUGGCUGGAGAACGGAUCAAAAGGACAAUUGUUUGUUUGUCAUUAAGAAUUUCAUGGAUCGCAUACUGUUAAAGUCGCUGGAGGUGUUCACCGAAUUCGGUGUGGCCGAAUUCGAACAGAAGCGAAAAUUCUUCCACACCCUCAAUAUGUACAACGUGUUUUUGCAGUCUUCGGAGGCCACGGUGUCCAGCCGAGUCAAUUUCAAUGUCUCCCACGAACUUUUCAAAGGGUUUCUUUUGGUAAAAUUUCAAAUUGAGGCCAGUUCAAAGGAUGUGAAUCGUGUCCGCCUGGUGGAGAAAUACUUCAAUCUAUGGAUGCGCCAAAUACAGGGUAUUUUGGUGGAGGGUAAACAAAUUCAGAAGGAUAGUCCCGAUGUGGGGCCUUUGCAAAUGUUGGUUCUGUGGCGUCGUAUGUUGGCACGAUACACUUCGAUUAAGGAAUUUGUUUCGUCACAGGCCUUCAAUAAUCACAAGGCAUGUCUGACCUUGUCAAGGUCAUCGAAACUUUUAAAGAAAUGGCUAGAAAUUGACAAUCAGGUGACGUUGGUCUUAAACGAGGCCAAGGAUAAUGUCAGAUAUAUAACGUCAUUGCAAAAAUGUUGGGAUCCGUUGUACAGAUCUUCACCGGAUGAAAUCAUUAGCAGCCUUCCCGGUUUAAUGGUGGCCAUACGCAAUGUUUCAAAGGCGGCUCACUAUUUCAAUACGCCCAGCAAUGUGACCGGUCUGUUUGUGAAAAUUUCAAAUCAAUUGACGAUAGUCAGUAGAAAUUAUCUGACGGACAAUGGACGGCUGAAUUUGUGGAACAUGCCGCCACAGGAGGUCAUUGAAAAGAUCGAGAAAUGUCGGCGAAUAAUGGAAGUUUAUAAACAGCAGUAUUUUGACACCUGUCGUGAUAUGGCCGAAGCCGAGGAGAAGCCAUGGGUUAUUUCGUCGGUUUAUAUUUUCACUUGUCUGGGGAAGUUUCUGCAACGUUUGGAUAAGAUCAAAUUAAUUUUCAAUACCGAAAUAACCUAUACCAUACUGGAUCGUAUACGCAUAAGCGGAAUGGAGAAAUUCAAUGCCAUCAUAAAGAAUGCCAAGGCUGUAAUUAGUUCCAAACCCUAUGACCCAUUAAAUUAUCGCAUUGAUGCCUUCAAUAUGGACUUUGAACGUUUCGUGAAAGAGGUGGAGCAGGCCGAAGUCGGUAUGCAACAGUUUGUGAAACAACAACUAACCGAUGUUCCCACUGCCGAAUCGGUGUUGUUGAUAUUGGCCCGAUUCGAACGCCUGAAUCUGGAAUGUUUGUGUCUGGAUCGCCGCUAUCUGGAAGUUUGUGAAAUGUUGGAAAAGGAAAUGUUCCAGCUGAAGGAUGUAUACAACGAGGAAAGAGGCAAUCCAUAUGUCUCCCGAAAUUUACCCCCAGUGGCGGGUCGCAUCAUGUGGAUACGCUCGAUUUUCCAAAAAAUCGACAUACCCAUGAAGUCGCUAAAGACACGCACCUGUGUGCUGGCCAACAAAAAAGCCCAACGUGUUGUGCGCUAUUACAAUUACAUUAACGGCAUAAUUUGCCACUAUGAAAUGACCUAUCACAAGGCAUGGUUCGAUUAUGCCGAGGAGGUUCGUUGCCUGCUGAAUUCGCCGAUUUUAAUUUGCCACAAAGAUGCGGCAAAGUACACCGUGAAUUUAGAUCCAGCCAUAAGGCAGCUGAUAAAAGAAACCGAAUGGAUGUGGAAAUUGAAAUUGGAGGUGCCAAAUAUUGCCGCUGUCGUCGCAUACUGUAAGGAUAUUAUUUUGAGACCAGCCGAAUCGUUGAAAAAUGCCCUGCAACAAUUCGAUAAAAUGCGUCGCAGUAUUACCCCGGUAUUUAUAAAUAUUAUGCGUUUCCGCCUCAAGGAAGUAUCGGUUUUAUUGAAACCGGGGUUGUCGACCAUAUCGUGGCUCUCGGAGAAUUUGGAAGAUUUCGUGAAUGGCGUUGAAAAGAAAAUCAAUGAAGUAUCGACAUUUUAUCAAACCAUCCUCCAUAUCGAUUCGAUACGCAUCAUGAACGAAAUGAAAUCGUUGCAAGAGUACAUGUACAUGUACACACCGUCAUCAUCAUCGGGACCGGUGUCAUCGGAAAAAUUCUAUGAAAAUUGCAACAACUUGCGCAUGGAAAUCGAAAAGGAAUUGGAAAAGAAAUCCGUCUGCAUGGAACGGGCCGUAAUAGAUUUGUGCAAUAUGUUUGUAGAGCUGCUGGAUUUCGGACCGUUAGAUUCGAAGGGACGUCGCGUCUUUCAACUGCCACCGGAUAAAAUAAACGAUUCAAAUUGGCGUGAAGAGGGCAAUAUGCCAAUCGAUAAAUGGGAUUGGAUACAAUUUCAGAAAAUCUAUCGAACCAUAUAUCUGGUGCCGGAGGAUAUCUUGAGGACGUUGCAAUUUAAAAAUUACGAAAAUAUCCGUUAUGAGUUACAUCAUUUGCGUAACGAUUGCAUGGAUUUAUUUUCGUAUUAUAAUUCGAAAAUGAUUUUGGCCCUGGUCGGCUGUUCGAAACGUUCGCUGGACUAUGUGCGGCAGAAGAUUUUGAGAACCAACUGGCGCACCGAUCUUCAGCCACCAAUUCUUUAUACCGAACUCGAAAUCGAUUUGGAAUCCUGCUGCACCAUUGUUCCCAACUUAGAAGUAAUGCAAGCUGAUUUUCAUCGUUCGGUUUUGAAUUGCACCGAAAUUAACUAUUUCGUCACGACCUGGGGCAAACAGGCCAAGACGCAUGAGAGAAGACAAAGGCGUGUUACUGUGGAUGAGAAUCGCUAUGAACGCAACUAUUUCCGCUAUGUCAUCGAGCAAAAGGAAAUUGUCAGGGCCAUUACAAAUCUUGCCAAUGGCCUGAUGAUGUUCAAACCCAAUAUCGAUGACUUCCUAAAGGAUAUUUACAACAAACACAAAUAUCUCUGGUCCGCCGAACGGGAAACGAUAAUCGAGAAUUUCGUCAAUACAAAUCCCCUAACCGUGGAUAUACGGGAUAAGUUUAUAUAUUACGACGAAAUAACAGAACAGCUGGAAAAUGCCAUGCCGCGUCAUGUCAUUGGACCCAUUGAAAUUCGCAUGGAGAAAACCUACGUGAAAUUUGUUGGGGAAUCGAAAAAAUGGAAAACCUGUUUGGGUCAGCUGCUCAGUGCUCGUUACAAAAAACAAUUGGAUGAAAUGGUUGACUUCAUAACGGAACAGGAAAAUAUACUAGCAAAACCAAUCAACGAUCUCGACGAUGUGCGUCUGGCCAUGUUGUGUUUGGAAAAGAUUCGAGAUAACUUUAUUGAGAUGGAUAUGCAUUUGGGCGUUAUUGUCGAUGCUUAUGGCAUAUUUUCCCAAUUUAAUAUUUAUAUACCACGCGAUGACUAUGAUAAGGUUGAUAGUCUUCAAUUGUCCUUCAAUCAAAUGCUGAAUAAUACCAAAAACGUCUCGAAUCGUAUUGCCGAAAUGGAGGGUCCCCUACUUACCGAACUAACCAAUGGCAUUGCCGAAUUUGUUCAAGAAUUUGAACAAUUCAAUAUCGACUUUGAGGCCAAUGGACCAAUGGUUGAUGGCAUCUCGGCAAAGGAGGCCAGUGAUCGUGUGUUCCUCUUUCAGAAUCGUUUCGACGAGCUGUGGCGUAAAUAUGAAAUGUACAACAGUGGAGAGAAGCUGUUCGGCCUGCCUGUCACCGAUUAUCCUCUGCUGCAUCAGAGGAAACGAGAAUUCAAUUAUUUGAAUCGUUUGUAUUCGCUGUAUAUUCAGGUGUUGAAAACCAUUGCCGAUUAUUACGAAAUGCCUUGGUCCGAGGUGGACAUUGAGAAAAUAUCCACCGAUUUGGCUGACUUCCAGGUGCGUUGUCGCAAAUUGCCCAAAGGCAUGCAAACGUGGCCGGCAUAUAUUGUGUUGAAGACAAAAAUCGAUGAUUUCAAUGAGACAUGUCCGCUGCUGGAGCUGAUGACCAACAAGGCCAUGAAGGAGAGACAUUGGGUGCGGCUAAAUGCUCUGCUGCAAACCGAUUUUGAUCCGACAAGUUUUAAGUUUACCUUGGGAAGGUUGUUGGAGGCACCGAUUUUACAGAACAAGGAGGACGUGGAGGAUAUCUGUGUGGGAGCGGGCAAGGAAUUGGAUAUUGAGGCGAAAUUGAAACAGGUCAUCGUGGAUUGGUCGGUGGUGAAUAUUCAAUUGGGAAUGUUCAAAAAUCGCGGCGAGCUAGUGCUGAAGGGUGGCGAGACUCUGGAGAUUAUAGCUGCCCUGGAGGAUAGCAUUAUGGUCAUGAAUUCAUUGUCAUCGAAUCGCUACAAUGCCCCGUUUAAAAAGGACAUCCAAUUGUGGCUAAGUAAAUUGGUCAAUACCGGAGAGAUAUUGGAAAAAUGGUUAAUGGUUCAAAAUCUGUGGAUUUACCUGGAGGCAGUGUUUGUGGGUGGUGAUAUAGCCAAGCAAUUGCCUAUGGAAGCGAAGCGUUUCACAAACAUCGACAAGAAUUAUGUCAAGAUUAUGUACCGGGCCCGUGAGAUACCCAAUGCCGUGGAGUGUUGUACGGCAGAUGAGAAUUUGGCCAAUACCUUGACUUGGCUCUUGGAUCAGCUGGAGACUUGUCAGAAAUCUUUGACAGGGUACUUGGAAUCGAAGAGAUUGUUGUUUCCACGUUUCUUUUUUGUGUCGGAUCCGGUGUUGUUGGAGAUAUUGGGUCAGUCAUCGGACCCUACCUCGAUUCAGCAGCAUUUGUUGAGUAUUUUCGAUGCGGUGGCAUAUGUUGACUUCCAGGGCACCGAUGUCAUUGUGGCUCUGAAUUCUUCAAAUCAUGAAAAAAUUGCCCUGGAAAAUCCUGUCCAGUGCGUGGGCAGUGUUGAAAUCUGGUUGAAUCGUCUGCUCAAAGAAAUGCAGGACACAAUGCGUACCGUACUGGCCGGCAUGGCAGUUAGCCUCAAUGAUCCUCAGUUUAAUUUUGCCGAGGAAUUUGCCUCAUUCUGUGGCCAGGCUGGCAUCAUUGGUGUCCAGUUGCUGUGGACGCGAGAUGCCGAAUAUGCCCUGCGUAAAUGUCGCACCGACAAGGGUAUUAUGAAGCGAACGAAUACCAAGUUUUUGAAUUUGUUAAAUCAUUUCAUCGACUUGACGGUGAAGGACUUGACUCCCUUGGAUCGGAUUCGUUUCGAGACCAUGGUGACAAUACAUGUGCAUCAGAGGGAUAUCUUUGACGAUUUGUGUAACAUGCGCAUCCGUUCCGCCGGUGACUUUGAGUGGCAGAAACAGGCCCGUUUCUAUUAUAACGAUGAGAAUGACGACAUUAUUGUGGGCAUUACCGAUGUCAACUUUAUAUACCAAAAUGAAUAUCUGGGGGUCACGGAGAGAUUGGCCAUAACCCCAUUGACGGAUCGUUGUUAUAUUACGCUGGCCCAGGCUAUUGGCAUGUCAAUGGGCGGUGCCCCAGCCGGUCCCGCUGGUACUGGAAAAACAGAAACCACCAAAGACAUGGGUCGGGCCUUGGGUAAACUGGUUGUGGUAUUCAAUUGUUCGGAUCAAAUGGAUUUUCGUGGCCUGGGUCGUAUCUACAAGGGUUUGGCUCAGUCCGGAUCAUGGGGAUGUUUUGAUGAAUUCAAUCGAAUUGAACUGCCCGUACUCUCUGUGGCGGCUCAACAAAUUUACAUUGUUCUGACAGCGCGCAAGGAGAAGCGAACCUCUUUUAUCUUCAGCGAUGGUGAUUUGGUUACCCUUAAUCCAGAAUUUGGCCUUUUUAUUACCAUGAAUCCCGGCUAUGCUGGUCGCCAAGAAUUACCUGAGAAUCUUAAAAUUAUGUUCCGAACGGUGGCCAUGAUGGUACCGGAUCGAGCCAUUAUCAUUCGUGUCAAAUUGGCCAGUUGUGGUUUUAAAGAAAAUCUAGUUUUAUCCCGCAAAUUCUUUACCCUCUACAAAUUGUGCGAGGAACAACUCUCCAAGCAGGUCCAUUAUGAUUUCGGGUUGCGGAACAUAUUGUCGGUUCUGCGGACGCUGGGUGCCCAGAAACGGGCCAAUGCUAGUGAUACCGAGGAAACGAUUGUAAUGCGUGUCCUGCGUGACAUGAAUGUCUCCAAGCUCAUCGAUGAGGAUGAGGGAUUAUUUUUGUCUCUGAUUGAAGAUAUGUUUCCGGGCAUAAAAUUGACAACGGCUGCCCACAAGGAUUUGCAAAGGGCCCUUAGCAAGGUGACCGAGGAUUUGGGUUAUGUCAACAAUCCGGAAUGGAAUCUAAAGGUGGUUCAGCUGUAUGAAACAUCGCUGGUGCGACAUGGCCUCAUGUUGAUGGGUCCAACGGGAUCGGGUAAGACCAGUUGCACCAUUGCCAUGCUGCGGUGCUUUACGGAAAUGGGCCACCCGCACAAGGAGAUGAGAAUGAAUCCCAAGGCCAUAACGGCCCCACAAAUGUUUGGCCGUUUGGAUGUGGCCACCAACGAUUGGACGGAUGGUAUUUUCUCCACUCUGUGGAGGCGCUCAUUGAAGGUGCCUAAACAUCAAAACACUUGGAUUGUUUUGGAUGGCCCCGUGGAUGCAGUGUGGAUUGAGAAUUUGAAUUCUGUUUUGGAUGACAACAAGACACUGACCUUGGCCAAUGGUGAUCGCAUCAAAAUGGCUGAGAAUUCGAAAUUGGUGUUUGAGCCGGACAAUGUGGACAAUGCAUCGCCGGCCACGGUUUCCAGGGUGGGUAUGACCUUUAUGAGUUCAUCGGUGCUGAAAUGGAAUGUUUAUAUGGAGGCUUGGGUCAGACGCCAGCCCCCUUUCGAACAGGAUGUGUUCCGCCGCUGCUUUACUGCCAUAUACGAUGAGGCCCAUUUGUAUCUGCAGACCAAGCUAAUUGCCAAAAUGAAAAUUCUGGAGGCGAUUUAUAUUAAACAGCUGCUGGAAAUUAUGGAUGGCUUGCUGAGCGAUUGCAGUAAUCGAUCGGAGAGAUUUUUGGAGAGAACUUUUCUCUUUUCCAUGAUGUGGACAUUGGGAGCGGUGCUGGAAAUCAAUGAGCGCGAUAAAUUGGAGGAAUUCUUCCUGAAGCAUCCAUCGAAAUUGAAAUGGCCCAAAAAACAACCCGGAGAGACCGUCUUCGAAUAUUAUGUUGACGAGGGUGGCAACUGGCAGCAUUGGAAUAAUCGUGUAGAAAAAUUCAUUUACCCCGAAGAUUCGAUACCUGAAUUCUCUUCAAUUCUAGUGCCGAAUGUUGACAACGUUCGAACCGCCUUUCUAAUGCACAACAUUGCCAAGCAAAGGAAACAGGUGCUGUUGAUCGGUGAACAGGGUACAGCCAAGACCGUAAUGAUCAAGGGAUAUAUGGCCAACUAUGAUCCCGAGUUUCAUUUGUCGAAAUCUUUUAAUUUUUCAUCGGCCACCACGCCGAAUAUGUAUCAGCGAAUCAUUGAAUCCUAUGUUGAAAAGAGGGUAGGCACCACCUAUGGCCCACCUGGUCAGAGAUCAAUGACCAUAUUUAUCGACGAUAUCAACAUGCCGGUUAUAAAUGCCUGGGGCGAUCAGAUAACCAAUGAAAUUGUGCGCCAAAUGAUCGAGCAGAGAGGAUUUUAUUCUUUGGAUAAACCAGGUGACUUUUCCACAAUACUGGACAUUCAAAUAUUGGCUGCCAUGAUCCAUCCGGGCGGUGGCCGCAAUGACAUACCACAUCGUUUGAAGCGACACAUGGCCAUCUUCAAUUGCACGCUGCCCAGCAACAAUUCCAUGGAUCAAAUAUUCAGUCAAAUUGGCAGUGGUUAUUUCUGUGCGGCCCGCUUUAAGGACGAAGUUGUCGAGCUGAUACCCCAACUGGUGCCGCUGACUCGAAUCUUUUGGCAAAAUGUCAAAGUGAAAAUGUUGCCGACACCAUCGAAUUUCCAUUACGUUUUUAAUUUGCGUGAUUUGUCACGCAUUUGGGAAGGUAUGCUGAAGGUGGCCAGUGAAGAGUGUCAGACGGUAUCGGAUGUUUUAAAGCUGUGGCGUCAUGAAUGCACUCGUGUAAUUGCCGAUCGUUUUACUGACUAUAAGGACACCAAAUGGUUUAUCGAUCGCAUGCAAAAGGAUGUUCGGGCGAAUUUGAGUGAAGAGUAUUGGGAAGCGUUUCCCGAGGAUGAGACAUUCUUUGUUGAUUUUCUCAGGGAUCCGCCGGAUGCCCAGGAAGAUGAUGAGGAUAUAUCGCUGGAACCACCGAAAAUCUAUGAGGAGAUACCAAGCAUGGACCAGGUCAAAGAUCGGGUGUUGUGGUACAUGGGCCAAUUCAAUGAGUAUGUCCGUGGUUUCCAUAUGGAUAUGGUCUUCUUCCAUGAUGCCUUGGUUCAUUUGAUAAUUGUGUCGCGUAUUCUGAGCAUGCCACGUGGCAACGCCCUACUUGUCGGUGUUGGUGGCUCGGGAAAACAGAGUCUGACCCGUCUGGCCUCAUUCAUUGCCGGCUAUAAAUUCUUUCAAAUCACUUUGACUCGUGCCUACAAUGCCGGUAAUUUAAUCGACGAUUUGAAAUAUUUGUAUCGCACAGCCGGUUUGGAGGGCCAGGGCAUAACAUUUAUUUUCACCGACAAUGAAAUAAAGGACGAAGCCUUUUUGGAAUUCAUAAAUAAUAUUUUGAGUUCGGGUGAAAUCGCCAACCUCUUUGCCAAAGAUGAAAUGGAUGAGAUUUACAACGAAAUCAUACCCAUUAUGAAGAAGAAACAACCGCGACGUCCCCCAACCCAGGAUAAUCUUUACGAUUUCUUUUUGUCAACUGCUCGUUCCAAUCUGCAUGUGGCCCUAUGUUUCUCACCGAUUGGUGAAAAGUUUCGAGCCCGUUCUCUAAAAUUCCCCGGCCUUAUAUCGGGUUGUGUCAUCGAUUGGUUCCAAAAAUGGCCUGAAGAUGCCCGCAUAGCUGUGUCGCGUCAUUAUCUUGAAAAUUUCGAAAUCGUUUGUGCACCAACGGUCAAAGAGAGCGUCAUCGACAUCAUGAGCUGGAUACAUGAAAGUGUUUCGGAGACAUGUCUCUCGUAUUUCGAACGUUUUCGCAGAACGACUUUUGUUACACCCAAAUCGUUGAUUUCAUUUUUGGAGAGUUACAAAAAACUCUACAAAGACAAACAGGAGAAUAUCAUAGUGUUGGCGGAACGUAUGUCGUCGGGUUUGGAUAAGCUGGAUGAGGCCGGUGCAUCGGUGGCGGUAUUGAAAAAGGAUUUAGUUGAGAUGAAUAAGGUUAUUGUGGUGGCCACCGAAGAGGCGGAAGUGGUGUUGCAAAAUGUGGCCGAGUCGACGGCUGCAGCGGAAAUAGUUAAAGCCCAAGUGGCGGAGAAGAAAGGCCAAGCGGAAGCUUUGGUCAAGAUUAUAUCGGCCGACAAAGAGGUGGCCGAGGCGAAAUUGGAAAAGGCUCGACCGGCCUUGGAGGAAGCCGAGGCGGCUUUGAAGACCAUAAAAGCUGCCGACAUUGCCACCGUACGAAAAUUGGGCAAACCGCCCUAUUUGAUUACCCUCAUCAUGGACUGUGUCUGUAUACUGUUUCGCAAGCGGAUCAAAGCUAUUAAACCCGAUAUGGAGAAACAAUUCCUGCAAAGCUCCUGGGAAGAAUCGUUAAAGGUGAUGUCCGACACAAGUUUCCUAAAGAAAAUCGUGGAGUAUCCCACGGAUAUCAUUAAUGCGGAAAUGGUCGAUCUGAUGUUGCCAUAUUUUAAUUACAGCCUGUAUACCUUUGAGGCGGCCAAGGUGGCCUGUGGCAAUGUGGCUGGUCUCCUGUCCUGGACCAUUGCCAUGGCCAAGUACUAUGAGGUGAACAAGGAGGUGUUGCCACUGAAAGCCAAUUUGGCAGUGCAAGCUGCCAAACAUGCCAAAGCUUCGAAUGAUCUGCGCGAAGCUGAAGAGCUUUUUGCUGCCAAGGAACGUGAGUUGGCCAAAGUCCAGCAACAAUUCGAUGAGGCAAUUGCCAAGAAAAAUGCCGUCCUGGAAGAGGCCAAAAAGUGCCAAGACAAAAUGGAUGCCGCCACGGCUUUAAUUAAUGGCUUGGCUGGCGAGAAGAUCCGUUGGACAGAGCAGAUUGCCCAGUUCAAGAGUGAAACGGAACGUUUGGUAGGUGACACAAUUAUGCUGACGGCUUUUCUCUCCUACACGGGCCCCUUCAAUCAGGAAUAUCGCAACGAUUUGCAGGCCCAGUGGCUGAAACAGAUUAUGGAACGUCUUAUACCGAUUUCGGGAAAUCUCAACAUUAUUGACAGUCUGACAGAUCGCACCCAGAUUGGGGAGUGGAAUUUACAGGGUCUACCCACCGAUGAGUUGUCCAUACAGAAUGGCAUAAUUGCCACCAAGGCAGUGAGGUUCCCCCUGCUCAUUGACCCCCAAUCGCAGGGCAAGGCCUGGAUCAAGAACAAGGAAAAGGAAAAUGGUCUGAUAGUUACCAAUUUGUCGCAUCGUUAUUUCCGUACCCACAUUGAGGAUGCCGUCAGUUUGGGUCUGCCAGUAAUCAUAGAGGAUGUGGCCGAGGAGCUGGAUCCCUGUUUGGAUAAUGUGCUGGAUCGCAAUUUGCUGAAAGUCGGCACCACCUACAAAAUCAAGCUGGGCGACAAGGAGAUCGAUUACAAUGCAGCGUUUCGGUGUUACAUCACCACCAAACUACCGAAUCCUGUGUAUUCGCCGGAAAUAUCUGCCCGAACAUCCAUCAUUGAUUUCACGGUAACCAUGAAGGGUCUCGAGGAUCAGCUGCUGGGUCGAGUAAUUCUCACUGAACGCAAGGAGCUGGAAGAGGAACGCACUAAUUUGGUGGAAACUGUUACGGGAAAUAUGAAAAAGAUGAAGGAGCUGGAGGCUAAUCUUCUACACAAACUUUCCACCACACAGGGCAGUCUGCUCGACGAUGUCACAGUGAUAGAGGUCCUGAACACCAGCAAGAACACGGCCAUUGAUGUCAAGGAGAAGUUGGAUGUGGCCAAAAUAACCGAGGCGAAAAUCAAUGUUGCCCGCGAGGAAUAUCGUCCGGUGGCAACACGUGGCAGUGUCCUCUACUUCCUUGUCUGCUCCAUGGCCAAUGUGAACAUGAUGUAUCAGACAUCGUUGGUGCAAUUCCUGGAGAGAUUCGAUGCCAGUAUGCAUUUGUCGGCCAAAACCCACAUUACCCAGAAGCGUAUCAAGCGCAUCAUAGAGUAUUUGACUUUUGAGAUCUAUCGCUACAAAUCUCGGGGUCUGUAUGAGAAGGAUAAGUUCCUUUUCGUCCUCUUGAUGGCCUUGAACAUAGAUCGUCAAAUGGAGGUGAUAAGCUAUGAGGAGUUUCAAAAUUUCAUAAAAGGAGGAGCAGCCCUGAAUCUCAACGAUUGUCCCCCAGUGCCCUACAAAUGGAUCACCGAUGAGACCUGGCUUAAUUUGGUCCAGCUAUCCAAUUUACCAGCCUUCUCACAGGUGCUCAAUAAAGUAUCGAACAACGAGCGAGCCUGGUUCCAUUGGUACAAAAAAGAGUGCCCCGAAAGUGAGGUCAUUCCCGAUGGGUACAACAGCCUGGAUCCAUUUCGCCGUCUGCUAAUGAUACGCUCCUGGUGUACAGAUCGAACGUUAUCGCAAAGUCGCCAAUACAUUGGCCAUUCGUUGGGCGAACGUUUUGCCGAGCCAGUGGUUUUGAAUUUUGAUGGCCUUCUCUCGGAAAGUAAACCUUUGAUACCCAUCAUUUGUUUCCUCUCCAUGGGCUCUGACCCCUCCUCAAAUAUUGAAGCCUUGGCCAAGAAAAAUGAACUGAAAUGCUAUCCCAUAUCAAUGGGCCAAGGUCAGGAGAUACACUCCCGGAAAUUGGUGUCCAUGUGCCUGGAGGAGGGUGGUUGGGUUUUGUUGCAAAAUUGUCAUCUGGGUUUGGAGUACAUGCAUGAGUUGACAUUGCUCCUGCUCGAUUUGGAGAGGGGUGAGGAGUCGGCCUAUAAUCCAGAUUUCCGUAUUUGGAUAACCACUGAACCUCAUCCGGGAUUUUCCAUAACUUUGCUGCAAAUGUCGAUGAAAUUUACCAAUGAACCCCCGGCCGGGGUAAGGGCUGGUCUCAAACGUACCUAUGGCAAUUUGUCGCAAGACUUUCUGGACUAUUCCCAAUCGGAAUUCUAUCAUCCCCUGGUCUAUGCAAUUUCCUUUCUCCACUCGGUGGUCCAGGAACGUCGUAAAUUUGGUCCUCUCGGCUGGAAUAUACCCUACGAAUUCAAUUCGGCCGAUUGGUAUGCCAGUUGUCUGUUUGUACAGAAUCAUUUGGAUGAUCUGGAGCCGGGUAGGGGUAUCAGUUGGAAUACCGUACGCUAUAUGUUGGGUGAGGUGCAGUAUGGCGGCCGUGUAACCGAUGACUAUGACAAACGUCUGUUGAAUACCUUCGGCCGGGUGUGGUUCCACGAUAACCUCUUUGCAGAGAAUUUUGAAUUUUUCAAAGGUUAUAAAAUCCUUAGCUUUAAGGAGCAGGAAGCCUAUUUGGCGGCCAUAGAAGAACUGCCAAAUAUAGAUCCACCGCAGGUCUAUGGAUUUCAUUCGAAUGCCGAGAUAACAUAUCAAACAAAUACGACCAGAUCGAUAUUGGAUACAAUUAUGUCGAUCCAGCCGAAAGAAUCUUCUGGUGGCGGCGGGGAGACCCGCGAGGAUAAGGUCGCUCGUCAAGUGAGAGAAAUGCAAAGCAAAGCUCCAAUGCCCUAUGAUCUGUUUGAGGUUAAGGAACGUCUGAGAGCAAUGGGAGCUUUAAGCUCCAUGAAUAUUUUCCUGAGGCAAGAAAUUGAUCGGAUGCAAAAGAUUAUCAUUUUGGUGCGCAGCACCCUGAAAGACCUGUUACUCGCCAUUGAGGGCACCAUUAUAAUGAGUGAACAGCUGAGAGAUGCCUUGGACAAUAUAUUCAAUGCCCGGGUACCGGCCAUUUGGCAAAAGGGCAGCUGGGCAUCUUCAACUUUGGGUUUUUGGUUUACCGAGCUGUUAGAAAGAAAUGCCCAAUUCCAUGGCUGGUGUUUUGGGGCCCGUCCCGUGGUCUUUUGGAUGUCGGGUUUCUUUAAUCCCCAGGGAUUUCUUACCGCCAUGAAACAAGAGGUGGCCAGAGCCCAUCACGGCUGGGCUCUCGAUCAGGUUUCAAUGACAAAUGAGGUGUUGAAAAUCGGUACCGAGGAGUGUAAGAAACCACCCAAGGAGGGUGUCUAUGUCCACGGUCUGUAUUUGGAUGGAGCUGGGUGGGAUCGCAAGACAUCACGUCUGGUUGAAUCGACAAAUAAGGUUUUAUACGUUCUAAUGCCUGUGGUACAUAUAUCGGCCAUAAAUUCGACGGCGCCCAAAAGUUCGAAACUUUAUACGUGUCCGGUUUACAAGAAAAUCAAUCGCACAGAUUUGAAUUACAUAUCACCACUGUGGCUGAAUACCAUUAAACAUCCGGAUCAUUGGAUUUUGAGGGGCGUCGCACUGUUGUGUGAUAUUAAAUAACGAAUUAUAUACAUAUUUUGUAAUUUUGAAUAUAUUUUUAAAAACUGAUUUGAGAUUAAUAUUAAAAAAAUCCCUUUUAUGCUUUUUA